AAAAUGAAGGUUCCAUGUUGUUGUUUUUGUCCAAAACCAGUUCCAGUUGGGUCUUAACCGUUCUCACGGUUUUCCUUCCUAUGCUAUUUUUAGUAAAAAAUAGAAAAUCUGAAACCGGCUAACAAAACUUCCUGUUCCUGAGGAUUGAAAUAGCUGUAUUUUUAUUUUAUUUGUUUAAUUUUGAAAAGGAGAGAUGUAAAAGCACACUGGAAGUUUGGAACUGGAUAUAUAUAAUAUAACUAGUGUGGAUUUGCAGUAGAGAGUAGUAGAGAGGAAGACAGAGACUUGGUUUCCAGCUGCGGUUUACACUUUUACCUGGCUGUAUGUAUACCUGUGCACUGCACAUACGAUAAAAAAAUACAUUUGAGUGGGUUUUUCUCUUUUUUGUUAUGGUUUGUUUGAAGUCUACUAGAAAUUUUGGAGGAUAGAGGAACCCAAAGCCAAAGGGACACAAUUUUCAUAUUAGUUAGUUUCUAGGAACUCAGUGGGAAGAGUUUCGACUGAUUGGCUCUCUUUUUUAUUGUAGUUUAACAACAUGGGCUCUACUCCGCAAUCCGUGGAUGAAGUUGUUGAAGAGAUCAUGAGAAUUCACAGAUCUCUGCCCACUAGACCUGGUAUAGAUGAGGUUGAAGCUGCCAAGGAUUUGAUUCGGAAUGUCGACAAGGAAGAACAGGCAAGGUUGGACGUUAUUUCAAAGCAGAGAAAGAGUCUAGAAGUCCCUGAAGAGUUAUUCUUUGUAUUGCAAGAGAUGCAGAAGAGUUUGGUUUACUUUCAGAGCAAAGAGCAGAAAAGAGAAGCUAUGAAAUUGCUCCAUCUCGAAAACGUCCAUGUUCUGUUUGAUGAAUUGGUCCAAAGAGCGUCAAAAUGCCUUCCUUCCACUACCAAUUCUAACCAAGCUGACUACUCUAAUGGCUCUAUUUCUACAGUUUCAAGCAUUUUCUCCACAACUACAGCUUCUGCCUCAGUAACUGCUUUGGAUUUUUCGGCGUCCUCAUCUGUGGCUUCAUCGGAUUUCUUCUCUGAGAAAGAAUCUGUAAGAAGUUCCGAGCUGUUUACAAGGGAUGACAGUUAUGUCAAAAAAGCAAAGCCCAACUUUUUUGUUGAUGGGAUUGGAGUUGGACAAGCUGUUUUAUCUCGACCUAAAAUCGUUGAUUCCUCACUCAAACCUGUAAGCAAUUCAGGUCAAGAACACGAGAAGUUGAGUCUGAUAAAACUGGCCAGUUUGAUCGAGGUCUCUUCAAAGAAAGGAACACGGGAGCUCAACCUCCAGAACAAGUUGAUAGAUGAAAUCGAGUGGUUACCUGACUCAAUAGGGAAGUUAUCAGGCCUGAUCACUCUCGAUUUAUCCGAAAACAGGAUUGUAGCACUACCAACCACAAUUAGAGGCCUUUCUUCCUUAACAAGGCUAGACUUGCAUUCAAACAGGAUUUCGGAACUCCCUGAAUCCAUUGGAGAUCUCUUUUGCCUGGUCUAUCUAGAUCUGAGAGGAAACCAGUUAACAUCACUACCUGCUACGCUUGGCAAACUAGCCCGCCUUGAGGAGCUUGAUCUGAGCUCAAACCGGCUAUCAUGGCUUCUGGAGUCAAUUGGGACCCUUGUCAGUCUGAAGAAAUUGAAUGUGGAGACUAAUGAUAUUGAAGAAAUCCCACAUACCAUUGGCCAGUGCUUGUCCCUUGUUGAGCUCAGAGCAGACUACAACCGGAUUAAAGCACUGCCAGAAGCUUUAGGGCGGAUUGAGUCACUGGAGAUUCUUUCUUUCAGGUAUAAUAAUAUCAAACAACUGCCAACCACAAUGGCAUCUCUGUCCAACUUGAAGGAGUUGGAUCUCAGUUUCAAUGAGCUUGAAUCGGUGCCUGAGAGUUUGUGCCUUGCAACCACACUUGUCAAGAUGAACAUAGGAAAUAAUUUUGCUGAUCUGCAGUCACUUCCACGAGCCAUUGGAAACCUUGAAAUGCUAGAAGAGUUGGAUAUCAGCAAUAAUCAGAUAAGAGUCCUUCCUGACUCUUUUGGGAUGCUAUCACGGUUACGGGUGCUCCAUGUGGAAGAAAAUCCUCUGGAAGUUCCACCAAGGCAUAUAGCAGAAAUGGGCGCACAGGCAGUUGUUCAAUACAUGGCUGAACUUGUUGCAAAGAGGGAUGUCAAGGUUCAACCACUUAAGCAAAAAAAGUCAUGGGCUCAGUUCUGCUUCUUUUCCAGACCUAACAAAAGGAAGCAUGAUGGUCUCGAUUAUGUGAAAGCCUGAUUUUUUUGGAAUUUUUAGAGAAACAAGAUAUGACAUAGUCUUCUAGAUAUUUUUAGCUUGUCCAGUGGAGGAUUUAUGAGCUGAAACUUUGAACUUCAUGCCACAAGCUCCACAAUCAUAGAAGCUGAAGGGCCAUACAGAUAUGGUUCUCAUCUUUGCUUCUUGUAAUGUAGAGUUGUAGACCACUUUUCAUGAUCUUUAGUUCUCCUUCCCCUGUAUUUUUAUUAUUCUUUAACUCACAAUGAGAUGUACCAUUGACUUUUAAGCGGCAAAAAAGGAAGCAAAAAGAGAAUGUUGCAUUCUACACCCAUUAUUUUAAACUAAAUUUGUACACCCUUUUCACCAUUCUAUGUGAAGAUAAUCGUGGUAUCCAACUCAAUUACAUUGAAUCAAUUUCCAUUGGUCAGUCAGGUUUCUGAAUCUCUUUGAACAUGUAACUUGAAAAGAGAACCUGAUUUUCUGGAUAUUAAGUGAAACAAAUUCAUUCAAGACUUCAA